UUCCUUUCUUCCGUUCCUUUCUUCUUCCUUUCUUCCGUUCCUUUCUUCUUCCUUUCUUCCUUUGGGUCCGUUCCUGGCUCCCCUACCCGGCCAAAUACCUCUGCACCUCACCCUCAUCCGGAUGACAAGCCCAACGCCGCGCGCCAUCUCUCGACUGGGCGUCGGUGCCUACCGACUGGCCCUGGGUGUUCCUGAGCACGAGCGUGUGCUCUACAAGGCCCUUGAGCGUCAAAAGGAUCCCAGACACAACAUCAACCUCAUAGAUACAUCUUCCAACUACUCCGACGGCAAGAGUGAGCUGCUCAUCGGCAAGGUACUGUCUCAUCCACGCCGCGACACACUGCGUCGAGACGAGGUUGUUAUUUCGACCAAGUUUGGCUAUAUCCAGAACAAAAAUAUGCGGCUUUUAUCGGAAGGUGUCUUUCAGAAGGUUCCGCCCGAAGAGAUUGUGAAAUACUCGCCAGAAUGCUAUCAUUGCAUCCAUCCGGAGUUUAUGAGAGAUCAGCUUACCCGCUCCCUCGAGCGUCUGCGGACCAAGUUCGUUGAUAUUCUCUUUGUCCACAACCCAGAAUAUUAUCUCAUGAGCAAUAUCAAGCAUACAGAAGUCAACGUCAAAAAUUCGCCCUUGACAUCGCCUUCAGCUAACAAAACAAAAGACUUUGAGCGUCCCGGAUCUGCCGUUCGCCCUUAUCUCGUAACGUCGACCUACCAUUCGCUCCCACAAUCAUCACACGGGCUUGCUUUUCUGCAAAUGCCAGGCAACCUGCUUGAGAUGGAAGGUGUCGAGACAACGGCCAAGUGGGCCAAGGAUCACGGCCUUGGCGUGUUUCUCAAUCGACCUUUGAACGCCAUGUCCUUGAGUCGUCAGCCUGUCCGACUCGCAUCGUAUCCACCACCGCAGGCGCCAACCUAUGUAGAGGCUAAGACUCAGGUCCUGGAGAGUCUCUGCGUACUUAGCCAACGACGAGAGUACCUACAACCAAAAAUGCAGCGGUUAACCGAGAUGAUUGAAGACCUGGAUGCCUCGCUCAGGACGAACAAGCUGUCAAUAAUACAUAUGGAGGGUGCGUCCAUCAAAAAUCUUCUGCAUCAGGAAUUGGCGCGGCCCGUGAAAGUCAAGGGUUUGCAGCACCAACACCUUUCGAUACCCUCGUCUAACUCGCACGAGUCUCAAUACCAGGAACAGGAACCAAUGCCAACGGAUGUAGAAGGUCCUAACCAUACUCCUACUCAGUCCCAUGGCCGCAGUAGCCCGGUCCCAUACGCGAAACCCAGCGUACAGGAGAUCGACCGGCUGAUCACGCAUCUCGACCACUUUGUCCGAGCUUUUCAUCAGCAGGUGCGUUCGCAGGAAUCGGAUCGCGUCAAAAAGAUGUUGACUGACCGCGGUAUUGAUUUGAAAGGCAGCACAGUCGAGCAGUUCGCGAUCGAAUACUUACUAGAGUACGCCCAGGUUAAUUCAGUUCUUCUGGGUAUGAAGCGCCAACCAUAUGUGGACUUUGCACGGGAGAUGCUCAAAAUAAUGGUGGGAACCAAAUAA